AUGGCCAUCGCCGCUCCGCUACCAUCCCAGGCACAGGCGCUCUUCACCCCGUGGGGAGCUACCAUUAAAACCAGCAGUGAUCCUCGCAAAUCUCUAGGUCUGAUGACAGACAUAAUGUCGUAUCAGUAUCCGCCUCCGCCGCACCACCAUGGCGCCGAAAUGGACCUUCACCAUCCCGGCUACCUGUCUAGCUAUCCAGCCUCGGCCUCUUCCUCCAUGGAGGGGACAAACGAAGCCGACCAUGGCCAAUUCGGUCCUGCCGGCGAUAAGAAGCGUAACAAACUCGGCUACCAUCGAACUUCGGUUGCCUGUGUGUGGCUGAAUCGCAAGGAUGAAGGCCAUUGUCGUCGCAGGAAGAUCAGAUGCAUGCCACAGCCAAACGACGUUCAAGGUCGCUGUGCGAACUGCAUCCGAUUGAAGAAAGACUGUAGUUUCUAUAGUGUUGGCCAGGAACCCGCUCCCGUUCCCGGACAAAAGCCAGGGGCAAGGCCGCCCGCGGGAACUAAGAUCGCUUCGGCAUCAUCUUCACCCGCAGUCGCGACCGGGCACCCACCUGAUGUUUCGUCCCAUCAGUCAUAUGCGCAUCUGGCGACUAUCCCCUCGAUCCAGAACAUGGGUCCUCCCUCCUUGAAGCCGGAAACAUACCCAGCAGAUCCUAAAAUGUCUUCAAGUGCUUCCAGUGGUAGAACCUUCGAUUAUGGUCACGGUGUGGCCAACUGGAUCCCAGCAGACACGAGUCCUAGCUCCGUGAAGGCUCCUGGGGAUGCUGGCGCUUCAUGGAGAACCUACCCGCACGAAUCCCCUAUAACACCGGCCUUCUCUCCCUACACUCCUCAGCAUCAUUCUUCCGGCUGGCCAGCAGCGCCACCAAUUGGCACACCAGGAGGAGGCGAUGUCGCCAGUUCUCGACCCGAAGACGUGGCUUGGGCGCCGUAUCCAGGGGCACCUCCUGCAAGGUCCUUAUCUUACGGAGGCGAAGCCUCGCAGUCGUACACACCUGCGUCUCAGAUAGGAGAACCGCCCGGCAGGUCCUACGACAGAAGAGCAUCUGCUGCCUCCACCAUGUAUCCGACACCCAUCACCACGUCGAUUCCACACGUUGCAAGCGUACCAGGCACCACCAUGGACCCUCAUGCAUCGCUUUCAGCCGGUGCUAUUCCACCCUCGAGCUAUGGAACCUGGCAGCAGCCAUAUGCUUAUUCGAAAUCCGGUGACGGCUACGACGCCUGGUAUGGUAACACAGGCCAUAACGAGUCUUCGGGUGGCGAUCAUCCUCACAGCGGCUAUUACGGAAGCAGAUAA